AUGCAGCGCCUCCUGUGGCUGUUCUUCUUCAUCUCCUGCCACAUCGUGGUCAGCCAGGGCGGCCAGGCCGGGAAUACGCCCUCAAACGAGCCCGUCGCGAAGACGAACACUUCGUCGGCUCCAGUCUCGGAUUCGACGGCCGCGAGCAGCUCAAACGACGAGCCACCUGAAGGGGACGGCUCCGAGCUGGACGGCCGUGUUCAGCAGCUUGACGCCCGCUUCUGGCAGCUCGAAAAACGCCUCAACAAAUCGGUGCACGCCUCCGCCGUCUUGGAGGAGCUCAAGCAGGAUACGUUGUUCUUGAUCGGCUCCAUCGGCGUGUUCGGCGCGGCCAUCUUAUGCCUGUGCUUGUCGACUUGUGUGCUUGGCUGUCAGGUGAUCAAACUGCAAAAAGCGGUCAAGCCGACGGUGGCGAAAGAGCCGAGCGUGAGCCCAAGCCCGAAAGUGCCGCCGGUGGUGAAUGAUGUGGAGAGCGUCGCUUCGAAGCGCGAUUCCACGACGAGCACCGCCGAUGGGCACAGACUUUCGAAGCAGGAGACCCUCGAGAAAGAGGGCAACGACGGCCACUACGAGGAUUGCUCCUUCAGCAAGCCGGUCACGCCAAAGCACACCGAAGCC